AUGGCAGACACCAAGUUCCACCCUGCUAUGGCUGUCUCCAACAUCAAGAAUCACAUUCCUAUCGUUCUUGAGAUGGAAACGGAUCAUUAUUCGGCUUGGGCCGAAUUAUUCAAGCUUCAUGCCCGGUCUCACCGUGUCCUUUCCCACAUUCUCCCGACCGGAAAGGAGAAGGCUCCUUCCACCGACGAAGAAAAGGAGUUGUGGUCCACCUUGGAUGCCACGGUACUUCAAUGGGUGUAUGCAACCAUCUCCACUGACUUAUUGCAUACGAUCAUCGAAGAAGAUCUAUCGGCAAAGGAGGCCUGGGAUCGCCUCCGUAACCUUUUUCAAGACAACAAAAACUCCCGUGCCGUUGCAUUGGAACAUGAUUUCUCUCAUGUUAAGUUGCGGGAUUUUCCGAACGCUUCGGCAUAUUGUCAACGACUCAAGACCUUGGCCGAUCAACUCAAGAGCGUGGGGGCUCCGGUGACCGACAACCGCCUCGUUCUUCAACUGGUGGCUGGCCUCACAGAGGCGUACAAGAAUGUGGGCACCUACAUCCGGCAAAGUAAGCCUCUUCCAUCAUUCUCCGAAGCUCGAUCAAGUCUGUGUCUUGAGGAAAAAGCGUUGGCUGAAAUGCAUGAUGACUCGCCCACGGCUAUGGUGGCUAAUUCCCAACGUGAGUUUGAUGACUCCACUCCUUGGAUGAUUUUACUAAUUUUUUGUGGACUUUCCCUUUGGCUAGAAAAUCGGAUGUUUACUCUAAAUUCAUAA